AUGCCAAAUCUUCCAAAUCUCCCAGCCCUUGGCGACAAAAGCCCCCUUUCCGCUGGGCGGCCGCUGGGCGGGAUCGACCCGUACUGCACAACGCCGCAGCACAUCACAUCACGAGGGGGCCUGACUUGGGCAGCUGUUGUGGAACGACGCAACUUGCUUUUCCCUCAGCCCCCAACCCGAGACAUGACCCGACCAGCGGGACUGCGGAUCCUUGCCUUGAGGCUCAAAAGCGCGCGUUGA